UUACACGGUAGAAAAAGCCACACAGUUUCUGCGAUCAUAUGGUUUCCCAGCGGUUAUGACGCAACGGAACGGAACAAUAUACCAAUUUGCGGUCACAAUCAAUCUCGAUUUGCGAAGUAAACGAACCCGAGAUGAAAUUAAUAUGCAAUAGAAUCCCUAUCAAAUGAGCUGCACCACGCACGGCGCACGCGCCAGUCGAUCUCGCACGAGCGGCCCGAGCGCAUGUGCCGCCGCCGUUCCGAACUAGAAAUUUAAAAAUCGUAACCGUCAAUCGUACUACCGGCCAGUGACAACCCAAAACUAGUGAUGUGAUUAGUGUUUUUUUUUUUAAAUGAAAGUGAUCGAUUAUUAAUCGAGUUAUAGGAAUGCGUAGAAAUCGUUUCGCACGAACGAACGGCUGGAAGACCAUCAUGGAGUAACCGCUGAAAACAAAUGAACUAAACAAAAAGCCAAAAUGAACCGCGACUAUUACAAAGUGUCGUUCACGAGCAACCGCAUGCCGACUAUCUCUGACGACGUCCUCGACAACGUCGUCGACACAGAGUUCAACGCGAACCAGUUCAAGUUGUUCGACGACUUCACGACGGACCUGAGGAUCAACUUCAACUCCAGCAGCUUCCGUAGGAGAGGCGAUCCUAAUGACUCGGGCGUCGAUAUGGAGAACGGGAAUCCUAUGGAUGACGCCAAUGAAACUGAUUUGUUGGAGAACGAAGUGAUGGUAGAUCCCUGGAGCAGCAUGGACUCUUCAAAUUCGCCGUUAACUGACUCCGUACCAUCCGCCAGCGAUGACUGCACCCCGUCCACUUCCAGUGAACCCCCGCGCGGCUCCCAGGAUCCUUCCCCCCUGUCCCCCGAAGCGCGCCGCCCCAUCGACUCAAAACACCCUAAACCCCCACAGACGCUACCCCCCAAAACGGACAAAGCGCGCUCCCGGGACCUCACACUAGCCCUGGAUCCCGACCCGCUCCCGCGCCGGCACUUCCUCGACGACGAUUACCAGAACCCCUCCAAAUCAAACAUAGAAUGUCGCAUCCCCAAACCACAUUUCCUCGACCACUCGCCAUCACCCGAUGAAUUUGACGAGCGCAGCGACAUCACCAACCCCAACUUCCUCGACGACGAAGCCGAGGACGACCAAGCGCAAAAGAAAGCCGGCGCCCUCCCCAAGAAAACUACAAAGACUUCCUCAUAUUUACCUCAAGAAGAACGACCGCAUAGGACUAGUUACCGGAGUACGCUACAUUACGGCUUAGAAAAUGCGGCGAGAUCUAGUGAAAGAGACAAAAGAGCUUCGCAACUGUACAGAGGGACGUGGCCCGGCGAACGGGACAUUUGGACCGGCCACGACUCCGCCAGCGUCCGGAGCUUCUCCAGCAACGGCUCGUCCGACGGACACCGGCCCUCCUCCAAUUUAGACAACAAAAUGGACUGCGUCAUCUCUCUCAUCUCCCUUCUUAGUUUAUCACCAGAGAACAACGCCGACCUGAGCGGACCUCUACUAGAAAUGAGCAGAUCAGUAGAAAGCUGUAUCGCAAUGAGACAAGCUGGCUGCAUACCCUUAUUAGUCCAACUGAUCCACUCCAAAGUACCCAGAGAGACGCGGGACCGCGCCGCUAAAGCCCUGCGAAAUAUCAUCCACACUCAAACCGACGAUAAAGCCGGCAGACGAGAAGCGAGAGUCUGGAGACUACUCGAACAAGUGAGAGAAUACUGCUACAUCUUAGAAGAUGUCGUAGAAAACCGGAAAGAAGGGAAGGAAGUUAUCGAAGACGAUGGUAGUAAACAUCCUAGUCAAAGCGUGGCUGCGUUGAUGAAGCUGUCCUUUGACGAGGAGCAUAGGCACGUGGUGUGCCAACUGGGUGGUCUGCAAGCUCUUGCGGCGUUAGUGAGUGGAGACCAAGCGGCGCACGGAAGCAGAACUGACGACAAUACGUGCUUGACGAUGAGAAAGUACGCCGGCAUGACGCUGACGAACCUGACGUUUGGCGACGGCAACAACAAGUCGUUGUUAUGCUCGUUUAAAGACUUCAUGCUGGCGUUGGUGGAGCAACUGGAGUCACCCAAUGAUGACAUGAGACAGGUAACCGCUGCCGUACUACGUAACUUAUCAUGGAGAGCGGAUACCAGCAGCAAGCAGGUCCUGCGAGAAGUCGGAGCCGUGAAGGGCCUCACCAAAGCGGCCAUGACGUGCCAAAAGGAGGCCACCCUCAAAUCCGUACUCUCUGCCCUUUGGAACCUCACAGCCCACUGCUCCAUGAACAAGGUCGCCCUUUGCUCCGUCGACGGGGCUUUAGGGUUCCUCGUCGAUAUGCUCAGCUACGACUCCCCCACCAAAACCCUUGCCAUCGUCGAGAACGCCGGCGGCAUCAUGCGGAACGUCUCCAGCCACAUCGCCGUCCGCGAAGAUUACAGGCAAAUUCUCCGCGAGAGAAAUUGCUUGAGUGUCUUACUGCAGCACUUGAAGUCCCCCAGUCUCACAGUCGUGAGCAACUCCUGUGGAACGUUGUGGAACCUCUCUGCGCGCUGCCCGCAGGACCAGCAGUUCCUAUGGGACCACGGAGCCGUGCCCAUGCUCCGCAGCCUCAUCCAUUCCAAACAUAAGAUGAUAGCCAUGGGCUCUGGUGCGGCCCUUAAGAACCUCCUCAACUCUAAACCGGGAAAGACACACAUCAUCUCGCUAGACAGCACUGCGAGAACCAUGAACCUGCCUGCUCUGCCUACACUUGGAGCUAGGAAACAGAAAGCUCUCGAACAGGAGUUAGACCAGAACUUAGCCGAAACGUGUGACAACAUCGAGCCAGCGACCUCGCCUACCACAAGCAACAGGGACGAGAAGAAUCUCUUCACGGCCACCGAGCGGCAGAUCGCCAUGAACCUCAACAGAAUGUCCUCGAGCUCGCCUUUAAUGGGAGCUCUGACCUCACAAAUUUCACUCAGCCACAGCGCGCAUCUCGCCAGUUACCUGAGCUGCAGUAACACAUUAUUAAAAGGUGCUUUAGUCACUCGAUCUACCACGGGAAGCACUAACAACGUCAACCGUUCCGACAGCAAGGAUUCGGUCACGAGCGCUCAUUCCGACACAGUAUUCGAAAGAGUCAUGCGCACUGGAAAAGUCCCCGUACCAACACCGAGAAACAAAGACUUGAUGAAGAGUGAAUCAGGAGGCGAAGCGUUUAAAAUGGCCUCCAAACCUUUAGCCAAGGACGGUUUCCUGCGAUACCCAACGCAACCUCCGAUACCACCACCGAGAACGACCGACAUGAGAACUAAUUACACAGAGUCUGGCUACGACGUCGACCAAGACUCUUGCGACCAGCCUAUAGAUUUCAGCAGGAAAUAUUCGGAAACCAAAACCAACGAGCCGGAACCGUCUUUAGCUGAAGGCAAACCCAAAUCAACCAAAAAAUACAAGAAAGACAGUUCGAGCACCUUCGGAGAUUACCAAGAGACCGAUUUAGACCAGCCAACGGAUUACUCCCUCCGCUACGCUGAGCACCAAUCAGAAAACGGCUCAGAUAUCUCCGAGCCGGCCGCCCACGAGGACACUAUCAAACACUUCGCCACUGAGGGCACUCCGUACGAAACCCCCAUCAUUUUCUCCACCGCGACCUCCAUGUCUGACCUUAGAGUCAUAGGCAAAGACGGGAAACCAAAAUCAACACCAAGCGUGAAAGAAAACCCUGAAGUCAUGACGCAUUCGGACGAAAAGGAUACUUGCUCCAUAGAAGAUCCUCCAAGACACGAUAACGACAGAGCGAUAGUUACUCCCCAAAACCCUGAGCCGAUUCCUGAAAAGCGAAGUGUUUUUGACACGAAGUUCAGUUCAGGGAUGAUAAGUCCAGAGAAACCAGUGAAUUAUUGUGAUGAGGGUACUCCUGGGUACUUUUCUCGAGUUAGUUCAUUGAGCAGUUUAGGUGAGCCUACAGAAGAAGAUAGUUUGGCGAAGAAGAAUGCGAUGGCUACUAUCAAUGUAGAGCUGAGCAUUCAGGACCAAAGCGCCAGCUCUUCGAAGGAUAAAGAAGGUUCAAAAGCGGUGACAUUCGCAACGGACCCAGUAGCAGUGAGCUCGCAACCAUCCACGCCAGGCCGCUUCGUAGAAGACACCCCGCUUAUGUUCUCUCGCUCGUCCUCUCUGGGCUCGCUGCCUGAGGCCGACGAGCAGCAAGACCAGGGUUCGGUGCUGUCUGAAGUCAGCCGGUUAACGUCGGGCUGUAUCUCUCCGAGCGAGAUUCCGGACUCGCCCGGCGCGCCCGCCUCGCCGCGCUGCGUGGACCCCGUCACACCCCCGCCAGUAUGCGAACCGGAGCUGGACACCCGCGAUUGUCGCGAAGUGUCCGUGUUCGAGGAGCGCACUUCGCAGUUCAUGGUGGAAAACACUCCGGCGCAGUGCUCACCGCCGAACCUGAGCAGUUUGAGCAGCCUCACCAUCGAGGAGGAGGUCAAGCCAUCACAACUAAGCUUGAAGCUAUCCAACGGAGACGAUGGUUCCAAGAAUGACGGCAAUGAACGCUCACCAGCACCCCGAGCACUCCCUACUAGGACGAUCAGUGAACCACUACGAGGAACCCAAACCCCUGGAGACACGUGCCAGGUGUACUUCACAGAGGACACACCGGCCAUCCUGUCCAAGGCGGGCAGCAACUCCAACCUGUCCGUGCUGUCCAUCGACUCGGCGCCGCCGCGGAACGCUCCCGACACCUCCGACAGCAGCAACCUGAGCGACGCGGACCUGCUGGAGGACUGCAUACAGAAGGGGAUCGCUAACGUAUGUACCACGCCUGCCCAGUGUCCUACACAGAGGACACACCGGCCAUCCUGUCCAAGGCGGGCAGCAACUCCAACCUGUCCGUGCUGUCCAUCGACUCGGCGCCGCCGCGGAACGCUCCCGACACCUCCGACAGCAGACACACCGGCCAUCCUGUCCAAGGCGGGCAGCAACUCCAACCUGUCCGUGCUGUCCAUCGACUCUGCGCCGCCGCGGAACGCUCCCGACACCUCCGACAGCAGCAACCUGAGCGACGCGGACCUGCUGGAGGACUGCAUACAGAAGGGGAUCGCUAACGCGGGCAGCAACUCCAACCUGUUCGUGCUGUCCAUCGACUCUGCGCCGCCGCGGAACGCUCCCGACACCUCCGACAGCAGCAACCUGAGCGACGCGGACCUGCUGGAGGACUGCAUACAGAAGGGGAUCGCUAACGCGGGCAGCAACUCCAACCUGUCCGUGCUGUCCAUCGACUCUGCGCCGCCGCGGAACGCUCCCGACACCUCCGACAGCAGCAACCUGAGCGACGCGGACCUCCACGCCUGCCCAGUGUCCUACACAGAGGACACACCGGCCAUCCUGUCCAAGGCGGGCAGCAACUCCAACCUGUCCGUGCUGUCCAUCGACUCGGCGCCGCCGCGGAACGCUCCCGACACCUCCGACAGCAGCAACCUGAGCGACGCGGACCUGCUGGAGGACUGCAUACAGAAGGGGAUCGCUAACGUUGUGAAAAACAAGCCGUCUUCAGUUAACUACUCAGACCGGGAUAACGUUUAUAGAUCACUGCCUCCGUAUCUUCGCACGUCUACCGAAACCGUGAAGAUGUCGCACGAACAUGAAAGGAACGUACGAGUGAGCCCUAGUCCGUCGACGUCCCCGCCGGCGCCGCCGCCGCCGCUGCCGCCCAAGGACUCGCGCACCGCCGCGCCGCCGCGCCCGCCGCGCGCCGCUCCCCCCGCGCACACAGAACGCCGACGCGAAAGCCGCCUACCAAUAAAAACAGCGCGCAACCUCGAGAAGCAGCUCCCUACCCACGACUCCUCCAGUUCCCUCAGCCUGGACUCGUUCGGCUCCACCGACCGCGAGAUCUUCGAGGAGACCGUCCAGGCCGGCCUCACCCACGCCACGCACUUCCACAAGGCACACUCCGUCGAAAGACCUGCGGACAACGUAAGACACACUAGACACCAUAAAUCCCUCGACAGGAGCGACAAAAUCUCGCAGCAUCGACCUAAAGUCAAAGACGAGGAGUUCGAGAGAAACCUCGCUUCGGGCGUGUAUAACAUCAAAAGUAGCUCCCGUGUUCGGAGGUUAGACCAAGAGUUCGCUUUAACGAGAUCCCCUUAUUCAUACCAUGGAGAAUCCUCCUCUAUGGCCCAUAGGUUUAGAGGUCACCACUGUAGGUACUACGACGACGGUCCGCCGAGCUUACCCGCAAGGAUCGACGAGCCACGAAGACAACUGGAAAGAAGCAAUUCACUGAGUUCCCUCAGCAACGAUUCAUUCGGGUCUACAGAUAAGGAAGUGUUCGAGCGCUGCGUACGUAUGGGCAUGUCGAAGGCCCAGCCUAAGAGGAGCGAAAAACUCCGCGUGCGAAGCGACGACAGGUCCGAGCGACGCGACGGAGGGAGACGACGCAAGGACAACAAAAGCCAAGGGGCGUUGGACAGAAUGGUCGGGGAGGAGUCUCGGGACCGCGCGCUGCUGGAGGAGGUGAUCGCGCGCGGCGCGGGGGAGGGCCGACACUCAAAAAACGUCCCCGCGCCGCCGGCGGCCGGCCCCGCCGCCCCGCCGCACCCCGCCGGCGGCGCCGACACCACACCGACACACAAGCCUGGCUGUGAUGAUGUACUCGUCACCUCCUUCCCCUCUCUCGCGGUCUCGCUCGAUACUUCUCGGGAACCUCCCGCCUCGACCCUCACGAGCGACAGCCUCAAUCGCUCCAACGAGUGCCUCGCGCCGCAGUCUGCGAAUACGACUUUAGACUCUGAAGUCCGCGACGAACUUAACCGGUCCAACGAGUCCUAUGCGGACGUCCUCGACGGAUCUUGGAGCGACGAGCCGAGGAACUACGAGGCGGCCACGUUGACGAGGAAGAAGCUCGAGUACACCGAUAUUAAAUUUUCGGAGAAGGCCUUCGAGGAGUCUAAACAUGACACGUGGAACGACAACACGUGUCCCGAUGACGUGACGUUCCCGACUAUAAGCGGCUCCGUUCACAUGGUAUCAUCUAUCAGAAGUGAAAUCGCGGAUGCGGUAUUAGCUUUACCGGAUUUACUAGAAAAAAGUGAACCGGUGAUGUCCACCCGACCCGAUCUCACCAACAAGUUGGAUGAGGACACGGUCGCUUCGGAACUCCACAUCACUGAAGACAAUCAACUCAGCGAUGUCAUGCUCGACAACAUUCCCGAACCCAGCUAUACUUCCCUAGUUGAUGACGGGGAACAGAAAUUUGACUCCUUAAUGGCGUCCGCUAUAGAGAAAGAAGCGGCCAGGUUAGCAGCGCAAUUAAAGAGCUCUACAUACGGCAUGGAAAACAGUGUGACAUCACUAACUUCUUUAGACCUAGAUAAUGUAAAACCGCCGUCACAUUUAGGCAGUCUUCUCUCCUUAAGCGCUUCAGGCCAAUGGGACGAUACGUCGAAGAAAUCCCAAAAAUCCCGCAAGAAAUCCCUCCCAGUCGCCAUGAUGGUUAAGAGAGCGCUCAGCAACUCCAUGCACCAAGGAUCCUCUGAGCACUUGGACAGCAAUCCUGUCAGUUUUCUCGACAAUGUCAAACCACCUUCGGAAAUGGAGAAUUUGGACAUGGAAAGUAGCAUGGUUUCUGUGAGCAGCAUAGUGUCUGAGGUGGCAGAUAGAGAAAAAACUCCCGUAGUAUUUGACUUCAAACAGCCUAUUCAGGAUUUCCCUCUCUGCCACAACUUUAACCUCCUAGACUUGGACAAAGUCAAUCCUCCAUCGCUAUUUGAUGAAAUGGCAGAGUCCACAGUAGAAAUAGAGCCUACUACAGCGCAUCAGCUGCAUGAUGAAAUUUCUAGUACCUUAAAUGUAGUCACGGAUAUCCCGUCCGGCUCUGAAAAUUGCACGCCUCUCCCAUCAGACAUGAGCAGCGUAGAAUCUACUCCAAAGAAAACGAGAGAUACCAAAUAUUUGACCCCUAAAGAGAAACGAAAUGUCGCUAAAGAUAGAUAUCAAACUUAUACUAUAAUAGACCCACCAUCUGAGUCAGAUGUUCUGACAGUGACGUCUGAAGAAUUUAUGACGUGGACCAAAUCAGAAAGCGAUAGAUCAGACGACUACGUCACAGCUAAUUCAGAAACGAAAUCAAAGAGGAAGAUGAGUGCUAAACAACGACGGUUAGAGGACAGAGCUAGGUAUCAAACGCAGACCGUCAACAUACAGAGCAUCAUACAGGAGACAAAGGCAGUCGAUCCGCAAAUCGAGAGCUUAAAGCAGCGACUAGCCGCCAAGAAGACCAUGAAACAGAAACGCAUGGAGGACGCGGAGAGAUUCAGAACUAGGACUCUCAGCGAGGAUAUCCCUCCAUCCCCAACGUUCGUCACCAAAGACGCCAGCUUCGAAAACGUGGAAACUACUACAGGCUACGACAGUCUAUCUUCAAACGAGCUGAACCACCAGCAAAUCAUAGACGACAGACAGGACGAUGUCUUCAGAGAAACUGAUAGCGGACACAACGAAGACGACUUCGAACUGAACUCUACUCAAAUGCAAACAUACACUAAGAGCUUCAGAAACUAUCUCCCCGUCAUAGAGAGUCCGGCCGCGGUGGACAUCUGCGUCGUCAACAACUUGAAGAACAUAGAAAUGACCGCGUCCUAUCGAAGGACGCUGCAAAGUGAUAAAGUCCAAAACCCGAGCAGCAGUGACUUUGCAAGCUACGAGGGCGACACACAUUCCGACAACGAUUCUGAGGAAGAAGCCGCUCCAAGACCUAAACCGAAGAUCACCAAACCGGAGAGACGAGAUGAAAGUCUAGAUUCGAACGACUCACACGAGAAGGAGGAGCCCAAAGCGGUCAGGGGCAGGAAGAAAGCGGCGUACGUCUCCCCUUACAGACGAAGCGUACCCCCCGCUAAGAAGCCCGCCACCGCACCAGCCAAGGCCCCAGUGAAGGCCAUAGUACCUCCCAAACCUAGUGCCAAAGCUCCGAGCAAAACUCCAACGACUUCCAAACCACCUAGCGCCAAUACGUCACCGAAAAAGACUCUUAACAAAUCGCCAUCCAAGAUAGCUCAAAAAGCCGUCGCCAUUCCGCUAGUAGCCGGCAAACCUUUGCCGCUAGAACGACAAGGCACCUUCACUAAAGAAGAAAGCUCAGUCCCCGCUAAAAGUUUACCAGUUCCCGUAGCAGAGAAGAAACCUAUCGUAUCUAGAUACGCGAAAACCACCCCUAAACCCGCCGUUAACAACACGUCUCCAUCUCGAUUGCCACAACUUAACCGCUACUCGAAACCUCCCCUAAAGAAAGGCGGCAGCAGCGAGAAACCUGCACCUAAACCCAAAUCCGCCAUGAGGAACUCCGCCUCCAACCACAGCCUACAGAGCAACGACAGCGCCAAAACUGUCACCCUAGCCUCCAGGGGCUCCAGACAAGGCAGCACUUCCAGCGUCAACAGCGUACAGUCUUCCAAAAUCAACUCUAAAGACGUAGAAAGCAAAAUAGCCAGUCUGUGGAAAAAGGUCGAGCAGACUAAGAAAGUAAUCGCCAAGCCCGACAAGCGGGUUUGGAUCGAGAGCGACAAAACGGAACAGCCGAAGCUAAUCCGAAGUUCCACGUUCGAGGGCCAGCCCAAGCAAGCGCAAGUCUCCACUGCUCCUAAACAGAAAACUGCAAUAGGUAUCAAAGUGUCGCAAAUUCCCAGUUUGCGGCCGAAGUCUACGCCGUCGAAGAUCACCGCGCCUGCCGUGAAGAAACCGGUGACUACACGGGUGUUUACGAGGAAGCCGGCCAACGGACAGGUCACGUAAUGUGUCAAGUAUUAAAAAACUCAGUGAAUUAUGUUUAUGACUCGUAGAAUCAAGUGCGGAUCGAAGAUGUAUGGAAAAUUUAUCGAUGAGAGGUGUCAUAGUUGUUUUAACGAAUUUUUAGGCCGUAAAUUGGUGUUUUAAAUAAAGACACGUUCGAUAGGCCAGUCAGUGUAAGCCAGAACAGUUGUAACUCAAUAUUUCAAUGAUAAAGUUGGCAAUCGGUCACGGCCGCUUCCAAAAUUAAUGCUGUGUAAAACUUGAGUGGAAUGGAUGCGAAAUUGGAUAUUUAAGGAAUGUUUGCAUAUUUAUUCAAAUUAUCGUUUAGGAUAAUGAUUAAUGACAAUUAUGCUUGUUUGAGCAAGAUAAAUCGAUCAAUGUUUCUGGACACAGACGUCACAAAUCGAAUGGACUUUUGGUUGAUUAAUAAAGUGAUGAUAUAAGUAAUAAAAAUGUGUUUCUUUAGGUCGGGCAUGUUUGUUCAAGCUGAGACUAAUGUAUUUUACAACUAUUAUGCUAAGAAAAGCUUAGUCCCUUGACCAUGCAAUUAAAAAAAAAGAUAUAUGUAUAACCCUUUUUAUCUUUAUAGAAUGUUAAUUUGAUUGCAAGUUUAAAAACCUCAGUUGUCAUUAUAUAGUUUAUUUUCAUCUAUGUAUAUUUGUUGCAUUUAUUUACUUUGGGAUAUUGACAAUCCCUUUCUGACUGCAGUUUUAGUUUAAGAUAUCCUUUUGAAAAGUUAGCGGAUGACAA